AUGUCGUCUCAAUGGGAAGAAAUUGUCAAGCAAAAGCGCUUGGCACAGCAGCAGGCACUAGAGUUAUAUACAGCAAAAAGCGUUAAGACACAAGGUCAUCUAAAUGAAAUAUCUGAGAUUGAUCAAUUACUGUCGCUUUACGCAUCUGGUGAGGCCAAUGUGGAAGCCGUCGUGAGAUGCUACAUCGAGGCAGCUAUCUCCGCUCAUAAACAGACAAAUUGUCUUACGGAGAUAACAUUUGACGAUGCUGUCAAGGACGCGGUUGCGCUUGAUAAAGCGCCAGAUAUGGUCGACACCACAAGAUCGCCACUCCACGGUGUCCCCAUGACCCUCAAGGAUCAAUUCAACGUCGAGGGUUAUGACAGCACGAUUGGCUAUGUCGGAAGAGCUCUCAAGCCAGCAAGCAGCGAUGCUAUACUCGUCAAAAUGCUACGAUCUCUUGGUGCUGUAAUCUUGGGAAAGACUAAUCUGCCGCAGAGCAUCAUGUGGUGCGAGACAGAAAAUCCGCUCUGGGGUCUCACGACAAACCCGAUGAGCUCUGCCUACACUCCAGGUGGCAGUACGGGCGGUGAGUCUGCGCUCUUGGCAUUAAAGGGCAGCAUGGUCGGCUGGGGUACCGAUAUUGGUGGCAGCAUCAGAAUCCCGUCGCAUAUGAUGGGACUGUACGGCCUGAAGCCGAGCAGCGCCCGUCUCCCUUACAACGGAGUUCCUGUGUCCACCGAAGGUCAGGAACAUGUCCCUUCUUCGGUCGGGCCCAUGGCGCGUAGCUUGUCGAGCAUCAAGCAUGUCAUGCACAGUCUGAUCAAUGCAGAGCCGUGGACGUACGAUGCACGUUGCGCCCCAAUUCCGUGGCGCGACGAAGUGUACCAAUCCUUCUUGUCCAAGCCUCUGACCAUUGGCUUCUUGCUCGACGAUGGCGUGGUACGACCUCAUCCGCCCAUCACUCGCGUGCUCAACUCGGCCGUCGAGGCUCUCAAAGCGGCAGGGCACGAUGUCUUUGAGUGGGAUGCAACCCUCCACCCCGAGUGUAUUGCAGUCAUGGACGCCUUUUAUUCUGCCGACGGAGGUAUGGACAUCCGGACAGACGUCAGUGUAGCGGGCGAACCUUUCAUUCCCCACGUGGAACGAUUGGUCAACCGUGGCGACGCCAUCUCCGUCUAUGAGUACUGGCAGUUGAACAGAAAGAAGUGGGCCUUGCAGCAAACAUACCUCGAGAAAUGGAAGACCUUGAAGAGUCCGAAAACGGGAAGAACAGCUGAUAUCAUCAUCAUGCCGCCCAUGCCGCAUCCCAGUGUCCCGCACGGAGGAACCCGGUGGGUGGGGUAUACCAAAGUUUGGAAUGUACUGGACUACACAGCGCUCGUCAUACCUGGAGGUAAGGUUCAGGUUCAGGACACAGAAGCAACGUGGGACUACCAGCCGCGAAAUGAUGCAGAUGAGUGGAACGCUGGCAUUUGGAAAGAGAGAGCAGAAGAGAUGGCGGAACUCAAGCUGCCCAUUGGCCUACAGAUUGUCGGCAGAAAGCUUGAAGAGGAGAAGGUGCUUGCUGUUGGAAAGGUAUUGGAUGACCUGCUCGUGCGCUAG